UACGCCAGCGACAAUGACGACGACGAUGACCACCGUCAUCGCGACAAUGCUGCUGGUGGCGACGACGGGGGCGGCAGCGGCGUCGACGGUGUCGGCAGACGACGCGAAGAAGCCUUCUCCGUCCCAUCCGUACGGGCUGUGUCCCCCGGGCCACCGCGUCUCGCUGCCGUUCUCCACGAAGGCCGUGGAGGGGCAGCAGAAGCAGCUGGAGGACGCGUCCCACGUGGAGGCACGUUGCACUCGGUGCCCGCCACGCCACUACACCCAGUUCUGGAACUCCCUGGACCGGUGUCUCUACUGCGGCCCGGGGUGCAAGGAGGGUCAGCGGCUCGCGAAGGAAUGCAGCCCCACGCACGACCGCGUGUGCGAGUGCGAGCCGGGCACCUUCCUGCUGCAGGAGUUCUGCGUGCCGCACAGAAGCUGCGCCGCCGGGCACGGCGUCGUCACCAAAGGCACGCACGGGGGGCGGGGGGCGGAUACACCACGAUCCCCGCACGAAGACACGCACUGCGCCCCGUGCCCUUGGGGAUUCUUCUCCCCGGAGGUAUCGGCGAAUGCCACGUGCCGCCCGCACACAAACUGCUUCACUCCGGGCUCCGUGCAGCUGCUGCCCGGAGCCUCCACGCACGACGCGCUCUGCUGGUCCUGCCACGAGCGACGGGCGUCCGUGCGGAGUCGGGAGCAUGGCGACGCGAGGCCGGCAGGGGAAGAUGGUGCCGAGCCUCCACCGUCUAACCCGCCGCCCCAGCCGGAGUACGCGUGCGUGGACGCGACCCUGCGAUUCGUGGACAGCGUCCGUCACCUGAUUCUGCCGUGCCUGGCCCACCACGACACGAAGGAGGCCGCCUACAUCUGGAAGCUUCUGGCCGGUGCCGCGAGGCGGCGGCGGCGGCAGCGGGAAGGGCGCAGGCAGCGUGGGGGGAACGAGACGAAGCGGGCGAGGAGGUUGGAGAGGCAGCUGGAGAUGCUGCUGGGGGUUUGCGCAAAGGGAGCGUCGCCAGGAGGGUCGGUGAGAAUGCACGCGGCGACGGCGGCGGCGGCGGACUGA